AUGAAUAUGUUGGAUGAUAAAGAUGACCAAAGCUUUCACGCUACGCGUGACGGCUACUCCCAUUUGAGCGAUGUCGAAUGGGAUGCGGUUGAACGAAUGGGUUCGACCAUGGGCAUCCAUGCUGUUAGCGUCAUGCUAGAGGCUCUCAAUAGAGAUGCCCAACAUGCUACUAUCGCCAAGUUCAUUCAAAAUGAACUUGACGCAGAACGCGAGAAAGUAGCCUUGCCUCACCAACAAGGUUCUCAACAAGCAGAGUUGUUGAGAGAACAGGGUGCUCAACAGUUUGAACUGUUGAGACAGCAGCAGGCUGCUGCUGGUGAGUCGAUGCAUUCGCGUCGACCCGAAACCUUGAAGAUUGACAUCUCCAAGUAUAGGGGAGUCGAAGAGGACUCCCUCUUGAGAUGGUUCGUCGAAUUGGAUGACGCCAUAAGGGCGCGUCGCAUCGACGACGGGGAUAUGCAAGUUGCAUUUGCUCAGUCAAAUCUGGCAGGACGUGCCAAGACUUGGGCACUGGGGCUCAAGUUGCACGACCCAUAUGCGUUUGGGUCGUUGGAAGUCUUCAAGUCGCGGCUCAGACAAACGUUUGAACCGCCUAGAGCUGAGUCGGAGCUCGAACCGAACUCUUGA